AUGACGGGAGGAAGGUCCUCCCUGGAGCUCCAGGGUCCGGGCCAAGAAGAGGGCGUGAAAGGGAACGGGGGCUCGUGGCAGCCUGCGGUCUCAACAGCGGGUGGCGUACUAGUGAAGAGCCUGGUGGUGUCCCUUUCGCUCCACCGUGUCCUGUAUCCCCAAGCAAGCCCCCGAGUGGAGCCGGCAAGGAUCAAGUCCUCGUGGACGCCCAUGGCGUAA